AUGUCCAAGGUGCUCGAUGAUGACAACCUCCUCCGUGAGAUCAUCCUCCGCGUCGGCUUCCCCACCACCCUCUUCCGCGCCACGCUCGUCUGCAAGCGCUGGUUCCACCAUGCCGCCGACCCGGCCUUCCUCCGCCGAUUCCGCGAGCUCCACCCACCCCGCCUCCUUGGCUUGUACGUCAAAGACGUGUUCUUCCCAUACAGGCCCAAUGUUAUUUCUCGCUUCGUCCCGUUGCUGACCCAGACCGAAGAGCCAGAUCUCGCUACCAUCCUCCGCCGCAUGACAACCAUAAGCUUGGACACCGACGCCGAAAUAAGGAUCCGGGAAUGUUGGAACGGCAGCGUCUUCAUCUCUGAAUUCCGGAAAUACGGACCCAUCAUAUAUCAAGUGCACAACCCACUGUUCCCUGAGAGAGGUGUGGCCGUCCUCCCACCACCCCCACAACAUGCCAUGACAAAACAUAUCAACGGCUAUAUAUUUACCAUGUCUUGCUUCCUCUCCAAAGGAGGUGAUGGCUGCCUAUCCUACGAGUGGCUGGCAAUGGAGAUCCAUUUCAUGGGCAGAAGAUCUAUUGGGGAGAUAUUUGGGAAGGUAUAUGUGUUGCAAGAUGGUGCCUGGGUCAUGCGUACCGAAGCCACGACACAACUACCCGAGCCGCAGUGGAAACCACAACCUCUACUCGUCAAUGAUAGGAUCUACAUGGCUGGGGGCACCUGCAACAACAUUCUUGUCUUGGAUUUGGCAAACUCAAGUUUCUUCACAAUUCAACUCCCGGAAGGGGUAGAGUUAUCUAUUCGAUAUAAAGAAGGGAUAGAUACCGCAUUCUCACGUGCAGAUGCUUCUGGUGUUUACCUCAUCGGUGUGAAGGAGCUUCAGCUUCGCAUCUGGCUCUACGAGGAUGACAACUUCUUUCUGGUGGAUACAAUAUGCUUGCGUGAGAUGCGUGCUGCUUUGGGGAUGCCUGAUGUCAUGGUUGAGGAAGAGCAUACUGAUGCUGUGCGGAUAAGCCAGGCGGGGGACAAUGCUGAGUUUGUGUUCUUGCAGAUGGGUCGAUGCAGAUUCUACUUGGAUAUUAGGCGCAGGGUAAUGCGUAAAGUGUAUGAGGUGACAGAAAAGGAUCAACGGGCUGGUCAGGUCCAUCCUUUCAUGAUGAUUUGGCCUCCCGCAUUCCCAUCGCUCAAGGAUGAUUCUACAAGAAAUGUUGUUUAAACAAGGAUAGCAGGCUGGAGGAUCUUGGAUGUUAUCUAUGCCAGUGACAAGGACACCAUCAAGGAAGAUCACUGAGCUGUAUUUGCUUCCUACCCAAUAGCGAAAACUUUUUAAAUUGGGAGUCUAGUAUCAAAAUUUUCAUCCUUACCUGUGUAUCAUGCAACUGGAUUAGAAUGUGUUAUGUACUUGG